AUGGAAUCGAUUGUCGCGACAGACGAAACCGAUCUGAAGGCGGCGCAGUUAUACGCUCGCCUGAAACCACACGACUGCUAUUUUGAGCUCAUGGGAGCCUAUAGGGCUGCUGUUAGCGCUCCAUGUUGCCAACCACCGGCCCCCAAAGUUUUCAUCUCCACACUGCAAAGUCUAAGCAUUUGCGUGAGCAUGUUGGGAGGUAGAAGUCGUGGCUUGAUUGUGACAUCGAUUUCCUACGUCGCUUCCGUGGAAGUAUUGCUCAGCCACCCCAUCUUGCCGUGA